AUGUGGGCUCAACUCCUUUUAGGAAUAUUGGCCUUAUUGCCAGCCAUGGCAGAAAAACACCCCCUAAACUACCUGGUGACAUUACCAGCUCAGCUUAAGUUCCCUUCUACUCAGAAGGUUUGUUUGGAUCUGAGCCCUGGGUACGAUGAUGUAAAAUUUACUAUUAGUCUGGAGACCAAGGGCAAGACCCACACGUUGCUAACACAUUCUGGAUCGAAGACGAAGCUCUUACAUUGCAAGUCCUUUUCGGUACCACUUCCUUCUGGUGGCAGAGAAGAAGUAGCCACGGUCCGGGUGAGAGGAACUGGAAAUAAAAUCAGCUUUGAGGAGAGGAAAGAGGUUCUAAUUGAGAGGCAGCAGAAUGGCAUCUUUAUACAAACUGACAAACCUGUCUAUAACCCAGGGCAGCAAGUGCGUUUUCGCAUCGUCACCCUCACCAGCAGCUUUGUUCCAGUGAAUGACCAGUACUCCGUUGUGGAACUGCAAGAUCCAAACGACAAUAGGAUUGCACAGUGGCUGAACGUGGUACCCAAGGAAGGCAUUGUAGACCUGUCCUUCCAACUGGCACCAGAGGCGACGCUAGGCACCUACAGUGUGGCUGUGGCAGAGGGCAAGGCCUUUGGCACCUUCAGUGUGGAAGAAUAUGUGCUGCCUAAGUUUAAGUUGGAAGUGGUGGAACCCAAACAGUUAUCAACGGUAGACGACUCUUUCUUAGUGAAAAUUUGCUGUAGGUACACCUAUGGAAAGCCCGUGCUAGGGAUAGUGCAUGUAUCAGUGUGUCAAAAGGCAUAUAAUUACUGGCCUCCAGGACCAGAAGGGGAACUCCUACUUGACAGAUGCAAGAAUAUCUCUGGAAAGACUGACAAAGCAGGAUGCCUCUCAGCUUCUGUGGCCAUGUCUACCUUCAGCCUCACUGGACGUUCUUGCGGAUUGGGCAUCAAUAUCGUGGCUACUAUGGUGGAAGAAGGGACAGGAGUGGAGGCCAAUACCACUAGGGAUAUCUACAUUUCUCCACAAGUGGGAUCAAUGACCUUUGAAGAAACCAAUUAUUAUUAUUACCCUAAUUUCCCCUUCAGUGGAAAGAUAAGAGUUAGGGGCCAUGAUGACUCCCCCCUCAAGCGUCAUACAGUGUUUCUGAUGAUUCGUGGCGAAAAAGGAACCAUGAAGCAGACCCUAACGACUGACGACGAAGGUCUUGCUGCCUUCGAGCUGGACACGGCUAAUUGGGACGGGAAAGGCAUUUCUCUGGAGGGCAGGUUCCAAUUGGAAGAAACGGCAUAUGAUUCAGAAGAAGUGACUCAUUACUACGACAAUGUCUACCUGUUCCUGGAACCCUUCUACAGCACAACUCACAGCUUCCUUGCCCUCCAGCAGCCAAAUGGUAUCUUGGAAUGUGGCCAGCCCCAGGAAGUGCUGGUGGAGUAUUACAUCGAUCCAGCUGAUGCAGAACCUGACCAGGAAGUCAUCUUCUCCUACUAUUUAAUAGGGAAAGGGAAUUUGGAGAUGGAGGGGCAGAAACACCUGAAGUCUGAGAGGAAAGGACUGAAAAGCUCCUUCUCUCUCUCACUGACCUUCAACUCCAGACUAGCCCCUCAUCCUUCCCUGGUGAUGUAUGCCAUUUUUCCCGGCGGAGGUGUUAUAGCAGACAAAAUUCAGUUCUCGGUGGAGAUGUGCUUUGACAAUCAGGUUUCCCUUGGCUUCUCACCUUCCCAGCAGCUUCCAGGAGCAGAUGUGGACCUGCAGCUGCAGGCAGCUCCCCAGUCCCUGUGUGCGAUCCGGGCCGUGGAUGAGAGUGUCUUGCUGCUUAGACCAGAGAGUGAGCUGAGCAACAGCUCUGUCUAUCAUAUGUUCCCCUUCUGGUACGGUCGCUACCCCUAUCAGGUGGCUGAAGAUGACUGUCCAGGGUUUGCCCCAUGGGAGUUUUCCCAGCCCCGCAUUGGUGCAGUGCCCGAGGAGCGUUGGGGCAGGCAGUCUUACAUAUUGAGGCCUCGGUUCUCUGAAAGCAUAGAUCUUUUCCGUUUUUACCAGGAUGUGGGCCUGAAAAUACUGUCCAACGCCGAAAUCAAGAAGCCAAUAGAUUGCCGUAACCUAAUUCCAGAAAUCGCAGUUCCAAGGACAGGUAAGCUGCCUCUACCACCAGUUCAGCCAGAGGAUUCUCAGGUUCGCCAGUACUUCCCGGAGACUUGGCUCUGGGAUCUGUUUCCUGUUGGUAACUCAGGGAAGGAGUCUGUCCGCGUCACAGUUCCUGAUACCAUCACCACAUGGAAGGCCAUGACUUUUUGCACUUCCCAGUCCAGAGGCUUUGGUCUUUCACCCACUGUUGGACUGACUGCCUUCAAGCCAUUCUUUGUUGAUCUGACUCUCCCUUACUCGGUGGUUCGUGGAGAAUCCUUUCGUCUUACUGCCACCAUCUUCAAUUAUCUGAAGGAGUGCAUCCGGGUUCAGACUAACCUGGCUAAAUCAGAGGAGUACCAGGUGGAACCAGGGACAGACUCUCAGGCCUCCAGCUGUCUCUGUGCUGAUGAAUCAAAAUCCUAUCACUGGAAUAUCACAGCUGUCAAACUGGGUCAUGUAAACUUCACCAUCAGCACUAAUAUUCUGGACGUAAAUGAACUCUGUGGGGACCAGAAGGGGUUUGUUCCAGAAAAGGGCCAGAGUGACACACUCAUCAAACCAGUUCUGGUCAAGCCGGAAGGAGUCCUUGUGGAGAAGACACACAGCUCACUGUUUUGCCCCAAAGGAAAAGUGGCUUCAGAAUCCAUCUCCCUGGAGGUCCCUGUGGAUGUUGUUCCUGAUUCAGCCAAGGCUUAUGUUUCUGUUCACGGGGACAUCAUGGGCACAGCCCUGAAGAACCUAGACAGUCUGGUGCAGAUGCCAAUGGGCUGUGGGGAGCAGAACAUGCUCUUGUUCGCUCCCAUCAUUUACGUCUUGCAGUACCUGCAGAAGACAGGGAUGCUGAGUGAGGAAAUCAAGUCUCGAGCAGUGGAUUUCCUGAGGCUAGGGUACCAGAGGGAGCUGAUGUACAAACACAGAAACGGAUCCUACAGUGCCUUUGGGGAGCAGGAUGAAAAUGGAAACACAUGGCUGACAGCCUUUGUCACCAAAUGCUUUGACCAGGCUCAGAGAUUCAUCUUCAUUGAUGACAGGAACAUCCAGAAUGCUCUCUGGUGGAUGGAGGGAAACCAGCUCUCCAAUGGCUGCUAUGCCAACGUGGGAGAGCUCAUUCACACAACUAUGAAGGGUGGAGUUGAUGACAAGGUCUCCUUGACUGCCUACAUCACGGCUGCGUUGCUGGAGAUGGGAAAGACCACAGAUGACACGAUGGUGAGUCAGGGUCUGGAGUGUCUCAGGAGUUCCGUCUUCACCACCAACCCCUACACACAGGCCCUACUAGCUUAUACUUUCACUCUGGCUGGGGAUACGAAGAUCAGAAACAUUCUUCUUGAAAAGCUAGAUCAACAGGCUAUCAUCUCAGCAGCAAAAUGCAUAUGGGGGUUCUCUUCCACUCAGGAUACUGUAGUUGCUCUCCAAGCUCUUGCCAAGUAUGCCACUAUUGUCUAUGCGCCGUCUGAGGAAGUCAACCUGGUUGUAAAAUCCGCUCAGAAUUUCCAGCACACUUUCAACGUUCAAGCUGCCAACCGGUUGGUGUUCCAGCAGGAGGCUCUGCCUGAUAUCCCCGGGGUGUACACCUUGGAGGCCUCAGGCCGGGGCUGUGUCUUUGUUCAGGUGGUGCUGAGAUAUAAUAUUCUCCCUCCUAAAAGUGUGGAGGCCUUUAGUCUUAGUGUGGAAAUAGGGAAAGCUCGGUGUGAGCAACAUACUUCACCUCGAUCCUUGGCUCUGAACAUCCAUACCAGUUAUGUGGGGAGUCGCAGCUCUUCCAAUAUGGUUAUUGUGGAAGUAAAGAUGCUUUCCGGGUUCAGUCCAGUGGAAGGCACCCAUCAGUUACUUCUCCAGCACCCACUUGUGAAGAAGGUUGAAUCUGGAGCUGACACACUCAACAUCUACUUGGAAAAGCUUAGUAAGGAGACUCAGACCUAUACCUUCACCAUCAGCCAAAGCCUGUUGGUCACCAACCUCAAACCAGCAACCAUCAAAGUCUAUGACUACUACCUACCAGAUGAACAGGCAACAAUUCAAUAUUCUAAUCCCUGUGAAUGAGAAAGAUCAUUCUAACAACAGAGUGAAUAAUGGAGUAGAGAAGA